UACCGCAAGUAGGUCGUUUUCCUUCAGUAUUGCUAUGGUGCCAGUGUUUACAGAGCUAUGAAAUUCUUUAUAUUAUACCACUAAGAGAAAUAAUAGAAUCAAAUUACCAACAAGAGAAAUAAUAGAAUCAAAUUAACUAACUAUAUCCAUUUUUAAUAUAUAAGAUUGUUGAAACCGAAACAAACUAAAGGUCUCUUGUGUAAUCUUUCAUUAAUAUGGAUCUGAACUUAAGAGUUUUGAUUGAACCACGUGGGUUCAUACGCAUCAUUCAAGUAGUGAUGUCUAUUUUUGCAUUUGCAACUACUGCUGGCUUUGAGACUGUUGCCACGAUGGAAAUCAGAUGCAAGGAUUAUGAGAAGGAAGUGCAGUACAAAUUUGGAUAUCCAUUUAAGCUAGGAAAAACUGAGCUUCGGGUUCCUGAGAGGUGUGGAAAUACUUCUGACAUUGCAUUUAAAACAUAUACAUUCCCAUUUGACUUCUCCAGUAAUGCGGAAUUCUUUGUUGCUUCUGGAGUUCUCACACUGAUGUAUACCCCUGGGAUAAUUUUUAUCUAUGUGUUCAUGCACCACCUGUAUACAACCAAUCCAAUGACACCUGUAGUGGAUCUCUUGAGUUCUGGAGUUCUGUCUGUGUUCUGGUUUGCAGGAUCAUGCGCUUGGGCUCAAGGUGUCUCUGAUGUGAAAUACUACACCAAUCCUUCUAAUCUUUUCCAUGAUAUUGAUAUUUGCAUGGAUGAUGUGCAGACUUGCCGUACAAUAUCACCCGGAAACUUCGCCUCCCUAAACGUUUCCUUGAUUUUUGGAUUUGCCAAUUGCAUGCUUUGGAUUUCAAGCUUGUGGUUUGUGUACAAGGAGACAAGUUUCCAUCAACAAAUUCAACCACCAGCUAUGUUGCCUCAAAUGGGUCAGCAGCAAGCUCCACCUAUGCAAGAUCAGGAUCUUGGCAACAAGAUGGGAGGACAGUAUGAGUACUAAAGGAGAAAUAGUUUUUGACUUGUGUAAUCCACCAAAGCAGUUCACCUGCUGUGUAGAUUUUUUUUUAUAUAAUUAUUUUUUUUUCUCUUGGCUACUUAAUUUAACAUUUUUUGUUAGCUUUUUUGGUAUUAUGAUUACUGCUGUGAUCCUUUUUUUUUUCUUUGUUAAGCUAUUUAUAAUGUACUUUCUUAUAUUGUCAUUCUGUUUGAGAGAGGCAAUUUUUACUAUUUGUUUUUAUACAAAUUCUUUUUUUUAUUUCCACUAUGAGUUUGGCAAGUUAAAUGAAAUGUGUUAAGUUUUAAUUAUUUAUUUAUAUAUUUAAUUUUGUUAUUUUUCAAUCAUUUCCUGUUGCAUAUUGAUUUUUUGAAUCCAUUGCUUAAUAUUAGUGACCAUAUAUUUUUAUAUUCUCACUUUCUUGAAAUUAGAAAAAUGAUAACUUUAAAAUAAAUUGAAUCUUCAUUUGUGGUGGAGAAAAAAAAACAUUUUGCUGAACCCACCUAGAAGUAGUUGAUAUAAUUCAGAAAAUUAUCAUUCAUCAAAAUUUUAUUUUUAUUUUAGUUAAUGAUUAUAUUUUUAAAAAAAUCAAUCUUAAUAAUUAUUUCAUGUAUAUCAUACAAAACUGAUCUGAAAAAUUAAGGACGUACUUUGACAUUUAAAUCAAUGAGAGUAAUCUAUAGGAAUUGCUCAUUUUCAUAACAAUUCAAGGGAAAUCUUAUUUUUAGUUAUCUGACAACUGACUAGCUAAAUUUUUAUAAAUACCUCAUAGUUUUGUUUAAAUAUCCAUCAUUUAAAAACAAAAAAUAAAGAUUUGAAUUUUUCUAUGGAAACUUUGCUUUAUCAUAUGACAUGUAAAUUAUGUAUGAGUUGUAGAUUAUAAAUUCCAGAUGAAAAAUUUUAUUUUUUAAAAUAAUACAAUGAAUAGUCAAUAGUCAUAGAAAAACAAACUGAAUGUUUAGUCAUUAAUGUCAGCUGCUUCUAUAUCUAGUCAAUUGAAAAUAUGUCAGCUUGUAUUUGAAAGCUUCAAUUACACACAUCUAGUGCAUAAAAUUUGUCAAUUCGUAUAUUUAUUUAUUUAUCAAAUUUGUUAUU